AAUGGCGUCCUUCCAGUGCGCAGAGUGCAGCAGCUGAUUCUUGCCUCUCUAGAGCUGUAGAUGGCAUCGUAAAGCUGAUCCAGUUGCCUCUAUGGACAAAUGUCUCCGCCCCAUGGAUAGACCACCGACUGUAGGUUAGAUGAGAGACAUGGAUACAAUUAGAAUGCCGUCAGUCACCACCCAGACCGAUAUUAGGAUAGCUUCCAGUAUGCUCCUGCUACUCCAGUACUGCUGACCAGUCAGCCCACUUCUUCGCUAAUCCAAUUCAAGAGAUCAACUAGGACUGCAGUCAGCUCUCAUCUCUCCCGAAGACAUUAUCUCAAGGAGAAUUCGGCGUUAUCAGACAGCAAGCUCCAUGUCGGUGCCAGUCAGAAUGACCACGGCUCGGUACCGGCCUACCUGGGACCUGGCGCUGGACCCGCUGGUCUCCUGCAAACUGUGCCUUGGAGAGUUCCCUCUGGAGCAGAUGACCACCAUCGGACAGUGCCAAUGUGUCUUCUGCACUCUGUGCCUGAAGCAGUAUGUGGAACUACUAAUCAAAGAGGGCCUCGAAACUGCAAUUAGCUGUCCUGACUCUGCCUGUCCAAAACGAGGACACUUACAGGAAACUGAGAUUGAGUGCAUGGUGGCGUCAGAGAUCAUGCAGAAAUAUAAGAAGCUGCAAUUUGAGAGGGAGGUGCUGUUGGACCCGUGCCGGACCUGGUGCCCAUCCCAGUCAUGCCAGGCCGUGUGCCAGCUGAAGGAGACGGAGGCUCCACUGCCCCAGCUGGUCACCUGUGCCGUCUGCACCCUGGAGUUCUGCUCUGUCUGCAAGGCCAGCUGGCACCCAGACCAGGCGUGCCAGGAAAACCAGCACAUCACCUCCUUCCUACCAGGAGAGACCAGCUCCCUCUAUAAGAACGAGGAGGACGACGCGCCCAUCAAGCGCUGUCCCAAGUGUAAGGUGUACAUCGAGAGGGAUGAGGGCUGCGCCCAGAUGAUGUGCAAGAACUGCAAACAUGCCUUUUGCUGGUACUGUCUGGAGUCUCUGGACGAUGACUUUCUCCUGAUCCACUAUGACAAAGGGCCUUGUCGUAACAAACUGGGCCAUUCCAGGGCUUCUGUCAUCUGGCACAGAACACAGGUGGUGGGGAUCUUUGCAGGAUUUGGCCUUCUCCUAUUGGUGGCCUCGCCCUUCCUCCUCCUGGCCACACCGUUCGUCCUGUGCUGCAAGUGCAAAUGUAGCAAGGGUGACGACGACCCCCUCCCCACCUAGCCCGCGACCCCAGCGACCGGGGCCGAGCGGCGCCCCAUCGGGCCAUACUUUUUCCUUUUCCCUCCCUGCUUUCUUUUCCGCCCUCCUGCUUCCAGCGCUUCAUUUUGGGGCUGGGCGUGGCGAGUGCCGGCCGGGACGCCGUCCUGAUCCACCUGGGAGAGGGGUGACCUCUGACCCCCAGGACAACACAUGGCCUGCAGUAGAGCUCCGGGGGGUUCAAAGUGUGUGGAGGGGCAGGAGCAGGAUCACAAUGCCCUGGCGUAUGUGAUGAUGAUGAUGAUGAUGAUGAGGAUGGGGUGGUGGUGGUGGGGAUGGGAGUGUGUGUAGCAGAGGUCCUGAACGGACCUGAACAGACAGACACUGGAGGCUGUUGUUCAGGAAGCGACCGGUGUGACGACAAGCCGAGGAGUCGGAACGAGCGGAUUCCAGAAUCCUCUGUGAUCGGGACAUUCUCAUGUCGGAGCCACGAUUUGAAAGACUUUUUCACUCUCGUCUCGGUUCCUCUGUUCUUGAUUCGUGGCACUGCUGUGGACUGAAGCUUUCCUCUCCUCCACUCACUCUGUGUGGUUCUACAUGUUCCGUUUUUAGCGCGAGAGAUGCACUGCACACGUCUGGUUUUGUUGGCACAGGAGGCUCCUCUUUCUGUCGGGGUGAGCGGUGGGCUACACAGGGGCGAUUCUCUCUCUCUAUAUAUAUAUAUAUAUAUACAGCACGUUCUGUUGGUGGUGUCCUUGUCUCUGGGCCUGUUGCUUCAAAUGUGUGUUUGUGUGUGUACCCUCUGAGUGUUUCCAACACUCUAGACUGACCCAGAAGUAACUGACAGUCUAAAGUCUGACAGUCAAAGAUAGAUUACGCUAAAACUUCACUCAAAAUACUGAGCCAAAAAUAAUGAAUGGCCUUAAGUUGCAAGUAGCCAAAUAAGUCAAUACCCUAGUAUCUAGAAAAAAAAUCACAUUUUGUUUAAAGUUUGACUUUAUGAAAGCACAUUUUCCAGUACAUCAAAAUCAGCCAUAAUCGUGUAUCGUGUUUUCCUCAUCCAUAUCACGUUAUUGUACACUAGAUGACUGUAAGGAAUUCUCUUUUUUUUCUUGUCUGACUAGAAUCAAACUUGCAUAUGGUCUAGUGGGAGUCUUUGGUAGAUAGCCCUCCAGCAACCGCAGCUCGCCAACAUACAAUACAGGCCUUGACAGUGACUGUUCUGUUUUAGAAGCAUUCUAAACUGCACUCUAUCAUUCUGUCUAUGCAAGUUUGUAUAUUUACGACCUCAACCUCUGUUUUUUGUGGUCAUAUCCAGUGGUACUGUAUGUCCUAUUCAAAAGACACAGUUUACAUUGGCAUAAACUGAUCUGUUGCGAAAGGUUUACUCAUUAGAGGUGUCAAACAUAUCUUGGAUUGGGUUUAAUUUUUCCGGAAUCUCCACGCAUCUCCAUGAUUUCAUGGAGAUUUCAACUCCUGUAUUUCAUCAUGGUUUAGGAUUUGAAAAUCAUCUCCAGCUAUCAUUUCUGUCAAAAAAGGAACAGGCGUGAAGACAGUAGACAUGUUGUUUUGUGUUUGUUACCUUAGAGAGACCAGCCGUCCAUUUCUAUAUUACCUCGGCUCCUCUCUCAGCUCAUUACUUCAACCUGCCACAAUCUGGAGGGCCUUAAACACCUAGACUGCUACGAGCUCCGAGCUGUCACACUCUGCUCCGUAUGAGAGCUGUCUGGAGCACUGUGCUGGUGGGAGAGGCCUGCAAGUCUUCAUGUAGCAUCAGAGGGGGUUCUUAUACGGCUCAACAUCAAGCAUGAGAGAAGCGCAGUCAUUAGCCUGUAGCUUCUACCUUCUGGUGCCCUACCAAAACACACAUGACUACUUUUGACUACAUUAGGCCUUUUCAGUUGACGAAACCUUCCUCUGAAGGUAGAGAGAUAAGGACUGUGUAGGACCCCCUAAGAAAGUCUAUUUUUCUUUGAAUGACAAUCGUGCCAAGCAGUAGUCGAUGUACAGGCUUUAUGAUACAUGUUUAUAUGGCUUCUUCCAGUUCUAGGAACACCACAGUACGUACAGUAGGUCUUCAUAAUGUUGGCUCUCUUUGUAGCUGCAACAUAUGUGUCACAUAACAUGCCAUUUUCCAAUCAAGCAGCAAGGGCUGAUCCUGUAGCCUAGAGGCCUUGUGUGUUCUGGUUUUGGCCACCAGGGGGCCACAUACAGCCUCCACCAUGCCUUUCACAGCUCUUAACUAAAGCUUGAAUCUUACUGUUGCUCUGUAUCCACACUAGACACGUUUCCUAAAUAUAUCUAUAUUUUAUAACUGGUUAUAUUAGGAGAUUGAGUUGCAUGUUAUAUUAUCAGGCUUAACUUUUUGUAAAAAAAAAAAAAAAGAUAUUUUGGGCUGGCUAACAUCUCAGAAUUGGUGUUAAGUAAUUUCAGUCUGAAGAUUUAGGUGUAAUGUGUCCUGGUUUUUAAGUUUUCCUUUCUCAUCACAGGCUUGCUUUGUAAAUCGUUCAGUUGGUUUUUUUCUACUUAAAUCCUGAGUAAUUCAUUGUGUUUGUAUUUGACUGGAAGGGAAGGAUGUGUUUUGUAAUCCUUGUACAUUGGCAUGUGUGGACAGUGUCAUCUAAACACAAACUUCUACUCACCCCUAUGUAACUGUUCCACUAACACUGUGACAAAAGAUAAUAAAUGUUUUUUUUGUGACUGCU